UUACCAGGCGCAAAGGCACCCGCGUGUCCUAUAUAAUCCCCUUUUCCCCCUAGGGUUUCUCCUAAGACGCCGCCGCUUCACUUCUCCCAGGUAAAGGAAAGCUUCGUCCAUGGCGCCGUCGCAGCCGAAAUCCGGGCUCUUCGUGGGUAUCAACAAGGGUCACGUUGUCACCAAGCGCGAGCUGCCGCCUCGCCCGUCCGACCGCAAGGGGAAAGGUACCAAGAGGGUGCUUUUCGUCAGGAACUUGAUCAGGGAAGUUGCUGGGUUUGCUCCCUAUGAGAAGCGUAUCACUGAGCUUCUCAAGGUUGGCAAGGACAAGCGUGCACUGAAGGUGGCCAAGCGAAAGCUCGGUACCCACAAGAGGGCGAAGAAGAAGAGAGAGGAGAUGUCCAGUGUCCUCAGGAAGAUGAGAUCUGCUGGAACUGGCACGGACAAGAAGAAGUAGAGCUCAUGUUCUUGAAAUUGAAGGCUGUCUUCUGUUCUGGUGUCGAGUUUUUCCUACUUGUAGAACCUGCUAGACUUGGAACUGUGUUAUCAGCCAGCUAAACAUUAUGCUAUGUUGAACCUACUGUCUUGUGAGGUUUUGAUCUUAUUAUCAAUGCGUGUUUUGUUACCUUAUA